AUGGAUUUCACCAAGGCCCUCACUCUCACCCUCUCUCUCUUAUUUCUAGUUUAUUGUCAGGAGAAGACUCGUUCCCAAGCGGAGGAGAGACUCUUCAACCAUCUCUUCAUUGGCUACAAUAGAUGGUCCAGACCUGUGCCUAACACUUCAGAUGCUGUCAUCGUCAACUUUGGACUUUCCAUUGCUCAGCUCAUUGACGUGGAUGAGAAAAACCAGAUGAUGACGACCAACGUUUGGCUGAAGCAGGAAUGGUAUGAUUAUAAACUCAUGUGGGAUCCUGUAGAAUUUGACAAUGUUACUUCAGUCCGUGUGCCCUCUGAGAUGAUCUGGAUCCCUGACAUCGUUCUUUACAACAAUGCCGAUGGAGAGUUUGCUGUGACACACAUGACAAAGGCCCACCUUUUCUCGACGGGCAGGGUUCAGUGGGUGCCCCCAGCCAUCUAUAAGAGUUCCUGCAGCAUUGAUGUCACGUUCUUCCCUUUUGACCAGCAGAACUGCAAAAUGAAAUUUGGCUCCUGGACGCAUGACAAGUCCAAGAUCGAUUUGAGGAGUAUGGGCAGGAACGUGGACCUUAAGGACUACUGGGAGAGUGGCGAGUGGGCCAUAGUCAACGCGGUGGGCAUUUACAACAGCAAGAAGUAUGACUGUUGCUCUGAGGUGUAUGUGGAUAUCACGUACUCCUUCAUUAUCAGGAGGCUCCCUCUCUUCUACACCAUUAACCUUAUCAUUCCCUGUCUGCUCAUCUCCUGUUUAACUGUUCUAGUCUUCUAUUUACCGUCAGGCUGUGGAGAGAAGAUCACACUUUGUAUAUCAGUGUUGCUCUCUCUCACUGUCUUCCUGCUUCUUAUAACAGAGAUUAUCCCCUCGACCUCCCUGGUCAUCCCUUUAAUCGGUGAAUACCUGCUCUUCACCAUGAUCUUCGUCACGCUCUCCAUUGUCAUCACCGUCUUUGUCCUCAAUGUUCAUCACCGCUCACCCAACACACACAAGAUGCCCAGGUGGGUGAGGAAGGUUUUCCUUGACUCCAUUCCUCGGUGGCUCUUCAUGAAGAGACCGGGACCCAAGGCGGAAACCUUCACCAAUCACUUCAGCCUGCUGGAGCUGAAGCUCGGCCCCACCAAGCGCUGCCCCCAAGCAGAGCCUGAGGCCCCCUGUUUCAGUCUGCCCCUGUGUCACCCCAGGCCAAUGGGCCUCCACACUCAUGGAUACCAGUGUCGUCAUGAGCCCAACAAGCACGCAGGAGGGAGACACAACCACAGCCAGAGGAGCAGCCUGAACAAUGGCACCCAGGCAGAGUCCACCCUGCUGCUCUCCCCCAGCAUCAUCAGGGCCCUCGAGGGAGUGCACUACAUCGCCAAUCACCUCCGAGCUGAGGAUGCUGAUUUUUCAGUAAAGGAAGACUGGAAGUACGUCGCCAUGGUGAUUGACCGGAUCUUUCUCUGGAUAUUCAUCAUCGCCUGCCUGCUGGGGACAUUCGGACUGUUCCUCCCUCCCUGGCUGGCGGGGAUGGUUUGAAGAAUUCCCUGUGUCAAGUGGGGAGAAGGAGGGGAGACUGAGCAGUGGGUGUUUGAGCUGCAAUGUGGGAGGGAACUCUCCCCUUCACCCCCGUAAAGGCCUCUGUCCCUCCCUACCACCCCACCCAGUGCAUGGCCAGCAACACAGCAAAUAUACCAAGGUGCAAGUUGUUUAACGACUGGUCACAAGGGAUUAACUGACAACUCACACACUAAUCCCCAACUCUCCUUUUACCUGAUCACAGUAUUUAUAUUGAUGCUUUCACGGUGUUGAGUAAAAUUAAUAAAUAAUAAUUUUAAAGAUA